UCCAAGCAUAAUGGAAAAUCGCUUUGCUGCUCUCUGCUGGUUGGCUUUAUUGCUAUUCCCUUUGGUGGCUAGAUCUAAUGCACGGCCCUUAUACAUGCUCAUUGCCCCCAACACCCUACGUGUGGAUAGUGAGGAGACCAUUGUCGUGGAGGCUCAUGAGCACACAAGUCCGAUUGACAUUUUGGUCACCAUCCAGAACUUCCCCCAGAAGAACAUCAUCUUGAGCCGGGCUCAAGCCCGUUUGGAUCCUGAAUAUAACAUGAUGACCUCUGUAAAAAUAAAGAUACCCACCAGCAGUGUGAAGAAAGAAGGCCAGAGCAAGCAGCAUGUGUAUGUGCAGGCAACCAGCCCACUCUUCUCCCUGCAGAAGAUUGUGCCUCUUUCCUUCCAAAGUGGCUAUAUCUUUAUCCAGACAGAUAAACCCAUCUACACACCUGGAUCAUCAGUGAGGUAUCGGAUCUUCACCGUUGGACACACACUGGAUCCACAAAGCAAGGCUGUCACUACAGAAGUAGCGAAUCCAGAUGGGAUUGUUGUUGAGAGGAACUUGAUCUUAGUAGAAGCGAGUGGGAUCAUCACCCAGGUCUACAGAGUCCCUGAGCUCUCAUUAACUGGAACCUGGAAGAUUACUGCCAAGUAUGUGGAUGAUGACAUUCAGGAAAGAUUUACCACAGAACUUGAAAUCAAGGAAUAUGUGCUGCCAAACUUCGAGGUGACCCUGGAGUCCUCCAAAAAGUUCUUUUAUGUUGAUGACAAAGAGCUGAUUAUUGACAUCAGUGCUAGGUUCUUAUUUGGUGAGGACGUUCAAGGUCAGGCUUUUGUUAUCUUUGGAGUGAUAAUACAUAAGGAAAAGAAGAGCAUCAUUGAAUCUCUUAGCAGAGUCCCGAUAGAAGAUGGAAAAGGACGUGCAAAGCUCACCCAAGAAAUGUUGCAGAGGAAGUUUCCCAACCUCAGGGAGCUUGAGAAUCACUCCAUUUAUGUGUCUGUGACUGUGUUGACAGACACAGGAAGUGACAUGGUGCAAGCAGAGAAAUCUGGGAUCUACAUUGUACGCUUUCCCUACAAAAUUGAUUUCCCCAAAGCCUUCAAGUACUUCAAACCAGGGAUGCCUUUCUCCCUCAUGGUGGCUGUGAAAAAUCCAGAUGGCUCCCCAGCCCCUCAGGUACCUAUCCGCACCGUGAUGCCAGAAGGAGGCAUCAGCAUAUCACAGGAAGAUGGAACGGCCUACCUGGUGGUGAACACAGAACCUGAUGCUUCUCGUCUCUUCAUCAAGGUGAAAACAGCCAUCCCAGGCCUGGAGGACUCCCGCCAGAGCUCCGCAAACUGGCAAGCAGAUGCUUACCAAACGCCACAGGGAUCUGGGAAUUACCUCCUCCUCUCGGUGUCAGCUGCUGAACUCAAAGCUGGGGAUACCCUGUCUGUGUACUUCAAUCUGCAGAAUAACAAUCCAAGCACAGAACGCAAGAUCCACUAUUUUACUUACUUGAUCCUGAACAAAGGAAAGGUCUUCAAAGCUGGGAGGCAGCCCAGGCAGAUGGGACAAAAUCCAGUGAUAAUGUCUCUUCCCAUCACUCCGGAGCUCAUCCCUUCUUUCCGGAUUGUGGCUUACUACAAAGUAGGCUAUGAUGAAAUUGUGGCAGAUUCCAUCUGGGUGGAUGUCAAAGACACCUGUAUGGGAACGCUCAAGGUCACAGGGGCAACUGGACGAGACAACAAAGUACACCAGCCAAAAGAACGUGUGAAUCUCAAACUAAGGGGUGAUCCUGGAGCCAGAGUGGGCCUGGUUGCCGUUGAUAAAGCUGUAUAUGUUUUAAAUAAGAAGUCAAAACUCUCCCAAGCCAAGAUUUGGAACACUGUGGAGAAGAAGGAUAUUGGUUGCACAGCUGGAGGUGGCUUGGAUGUUGCUGGUGUCUUUGUGGAUGCUGGGCUGGUAGUGCAGACCAGUUCUAGGUUUGAGACAGAUCAGCCUUGCAGCUCCCAGCACCGCCGCCGCCGCCGCCGCUCAGUCAUCAUCUCAGAGAAGAAAGAAACCAAAGCCCAAGAAUAUCAGAAUCAGUUCCACCGGAAAUGCUGUCAUGAUGGAAUGCAAGAAAACCGUAUGGGCUAUUCCUGUGAUCGGCGAGCCAAAUAUAUCUUGGAAGGUCAGACGUGUAUUUCAGCCUUCCUUGACUGCUGCAAACACAUCUUUGAGACAUCUUUGACUGUGCAAAGUGAGCCCGUGUUCCAUUCAACGACAGCUCCUCAAAUAUCUUUCGUUGCCGUAAGCCAAAGCUUUCAAAUAGAAGAUCUGCAACUACAUAUGAAACCAAUGGCACCCUUCCUGUCAAGUGAUAUCAUUAUUGGAGAAGUUGAGAGAAUUAACUUGAGGGAAGUGGAGGAGGAGGAAGAAGAAGAGGAUGAUGAUGACAGCUUUGAGCUACCGGAAGAGAAGAUGAGGACCCACUUUGCUGAGAGCUGGCUAUGGAUGGAGGAAACCCUGCCACUGGAGGCAGAUUUGGAUGGGCUUUCUUCCAAAAAUGUUCCUGUAUACCUGAAGGACUCCAUUACUACCUGGGAGGUGUUGGCCAUCAGCCUCUCCCAGACAAAAGGUAUCUGCGUGGCUGACCCCUAUGACAUGAUGGUGAAGAAAGGUUUCUUUAUUGAUCUACGUCUUCCCUACUCUGUUGUGCGCAAUGAGCAGGUGGCUAUCCGAGUUGUAAUGUAUAACUACGAAAGAUGGAAUCUCAAUAUCCGAAUGGAACUGGUAUACAAUGAAAAAAUCUGCAGUCCCAGUACUCAGUCAAAGAAUUUCCGACAGCACUUUCUGAUCAAAGCUGAAACCUCUCGAGAUGCCACUUACGUCGUGAUUCCUCUGGAGCUGGGAGAAGUAGAAAUUGAAAUGCAAGCCGUCAUAAGGGGGCAGAGAGAAGGUGAUGGAGUAAGGAAAAAGCUCCGGGUGGUGCCUGAAGGGAUGAAAAUCUUCGAGACUGUCAAGACUGUCAUUCUAGAUCCAUCAGGUCAAGGGUCAGCUUCUGCGGAGCAGCUGGUGGAAAUUGCACCUGUAGACCUUGCCAAAGUAGUUCCCAACACUGAGCCAGUGAGACUCAUCAGUGUGACAGGAGACAUUGUGGGUGAGACAAUAGAGAACUCCAUUGAUGGGGCCAACCUAAAGCACCUCAUCCGGAUCCCCUCUGGUUGUGGGGAACAGAACAUGAUCGGUCUAACCCCCACAGUGAUUGCCACCCACUAUCUGGACAUUACUGAGCAGUGGCAGAGGAUAGGGUUGAACCAUCGUGAGGAGGCCAUCAACAUCAUCAAAAAAGGAUACACCCAGCAGCUAGCUUACCGGAAGAAGGACAAUUCCUAUGCAGCCUUCACAUAUCGGCCUUCAAGCACCUGGUUAACGGCGUACGUGGUAAAGGUCUUUGCCAUGGCUUCUGCUUUUAUUUCUGUUGACCGCCAGGUCCUCUGUGGGGCAGUAAAAUGGCUCAUCUUGGAAAAACAGUACCCUGAUGGUCGCUUCAAGGAAGAUGCACCUGUGAUUCAUGGGGAGAUGGUGGGUGGCUACCAAGGUUCUGAGAUGGCAGUGUCUCUGACAGCCUUUGUAGUAAUUGCUCUGCAAGAAGCCAAAGGCAUCUGCCAGAACCGUGUUACGCAGUUGGACAGCAGCAUCAGGAAGUCGGGAGACUACCUAACUCAAAAGCUGGACAGUCUUCAGAAAAGCUACACAGUUACCAUCACCGCCUACGUACUGUCACUGCUGGGGAGGGAAGUACCUGUCACAAAACUGACUGCCCUUUCAGCAGGAACCCACUGGCCUGACCCCAACUCCAAGCUGUACUCCAUUGAGGCCACCUCUUAUGGUCUGAUGGCUCUGCUCCAGUUGAAGAAGUUUGAUCUGGUCACCCCCAUUGCCCACUGGCUAACAGAGCAGAGAUUCUAUGGAGGAGGCUAUGGCUCUACCCAGGCAACAAUUAUGGUGUUCCAGGCACUAGCUCAGUACCAGGUGGCCAUGACAAAGAACAGGAAGAAUGACUUCUUGGCUAUUUCCCUUAAACUGCCAAAUCGCAAUACUUGGAUUCAGUGGCGAAUCAACUAUGAGAAUGCUAUCAUGACCCGGACUGAACAGACAAAAGCCACAGAUGGUUUCACUGUCUCUGUUACGGGAACUGGCAAAGGGACCCUAUCAGUCAUGACAGUGUAUUAUGCCCCUUUGAUAGAAGGGAUGGCCCCUUGCAAGAAGUUUGAUGUCACUGUCUCGGUGGAGGAGUCUUCUGUUGCCCAAAAGCCAGAGGGAGCCCUGGCUUCCCUGGACAUCCAGAUCUGCAUGAGAUUCCUGGGUGAAACUGAUGCCACCAUGACCAUUGUCGAUGUCUCCAUGCUGACAGGAUUCUCCCCAGAUGUGGAUGACUUACAAAAGCUAACGAACUAUGUUGACAAAUACAUAUCCAAGUAUGAAAUGGAUGAAGUCCUCUCUGAUAAGGGUUCCCUCAUCCUCUACCUGGACAAGGUGUCCAACCAAGAGGAUGAGUGCCUAAAAUUCAGAGUUCACCAGUACUUUGAAGUAGGUCUGAUCCAACCAGGAACAGUGACUGUGUAUGAGUACUAUUCAUUGGAAAACCGCUGCACAAAAUUCUACCAUCCCACCAGGGACGGAGCACUCCUGCGCACGCUGUGUCAGGAAGACACCUGCCGCUGCAUGGAAGAAAAAUGUGGCUUGAUGAAGACUUUCACAUCCAUACCUGACACUUCUGUGAGGAUUGCAGCGGCCUGUCAGCCAGUGGUGGAUUAUGUUUAUAAAGUUCACCUGGAUGCUAUUGAGCAAAAAGGCAUGUAUAACUAUUACUCCAUGAAGAUUGUGCAGGUAAUCAAGGAAGGAACAGACCAAGCCGUGGAGGGGAAGACCCGGCAGUUUAUUAGCCCCUUACUCUGCCAGGAGACACUGAGCAUGCAGGUGAACAGGGAAUAUUUGGUCUGGGGCCCCAGCAGCGACUUGUGGGAUCUUCAUCAGGAAAUGGCCUACCUGUUUACUAACAACUCCUGGAUUGAGCCAUUGCCCACCCACCAACAAUGCCAGCAAAGUGAUUCUCAACUGUUGUGCCAGCAUCUAGAGAACUUCAGCCGGCACAUGGAGGAAACAGGUUGCACAGUUUAGGAAGGAAGAGAUGUCCCUUUUUCCAUGUCCUGAGGAUUAUCCGGAAGAAUAAGAUACUUCCUUCUCAAAGAUAUCCACUACCCAUCCUGCAUGAUCAACAAGAAAUGGAGCUUUUUCCAAGAAACUUUCCACCAAAUGAAUUGAUCUGAGGCCCUAAAUAUGUAAUACAGGGGGCACUACUAAGUAGAGUUCAGUCAGCCAAUAGCAGUAUUUUGCUCAAAUCAAGGGUGCAACCUAUGUUUCAUUCCCUAAUACUUUUGUAGCCUGUUGGAGUUGCCCUAAUAAAAGUUAUAAGUUUU